AUGAUGUCUGGUGGAAAGAAACUAAAAGUAGAUACAGAGGGUCGCCAGUUUCAAGAAAAAUGGGCUGAAGAAUUCUUUUUUAUCUUGCACAAUGGUAAGCCUAUUUGUUUGCUUUGUAAUGAAUCCAUUUCAGUAAUGAAAGAAUUCAAUAUAAAGAGGCAUUACUCAACUAAGCAUGCUACACAGCACUCACUGACAGAACAAUUAAGAACGGACAAAAUCCAGAAGCUUAGAGCAAAUAUUGAAAAACAGCAACAAAUGUUUCAUAAACAAAGAACACAACUUGAUAAUGUUGUGAAAGCUAGUUUUAUAGUUAGCUCAAAAUUGGCAAAGGCAUUAAAACCAUUUGCCGAAGGAGAAUUUAUCAAGGAGUGUAUGUUAGAAGUUUGCGGUGUUUUGUGUCCUGAAAAGAAAAAUGAAUUUGAAAAAAUUAGUUUGUUAAGACGAACUGUUGUUCGACGUAUAGAAAUGAUGGCUAAUGAUAUAAAAACAACAUUGACUGACCGUAUGGCUGGUUUUGAAUCAUUUUCCAUAGCAUUAGCCGAGAGCACCGAUUUGUCUGACACAGCUCAACUGGCUAUAUUUAUUCGAGGUAUUGAUAAGGAGUUCACUGUUACUGAGGAAUUGCUAGCUUUACAGCCGCUAAAAGCAACCACUACAGAAGAGGAUAUUUUUAAUGAAGUUCAAAAGGUAUUCACAAGUUUUGGCCUGCCAUGGUCAAAAUUAAUUGGAGUAUGUACUGAUGGUGCACCUUCUUUGGUCGGCUUACGAAAAGGUUUCUUCGGAAUUUCGAAUGAAAAAACAACAGAAUUAAAUGUGCAAAAAGAUGAUUUGAUAGUCCUUCAUUGCAUUAUCCACCAUGUGGUAGUAAAAACCAUCAAUUUUAUUCGAUCCUGA